AUGGGGCCCCCGGGCAAUAGGGGAUCAUAGGGCCCCUGUGUCCUUGCCCGAACUCAAAAAAGCCUAUGAAAAAGGUGUGCAAGUGUGUCUACAGACUAUGGAAUCGAAGGAAAAACAAACCAAGCAACACCUAGUGGCUUUUAAAAAAACACCGCCCGCCUGGGGUGGAUUGACAACUCAUGGGGCCCCCGGGCAAUAGGGGAUCAUGGGGCCCCUGUGUCCUCGCCCACACUCAAAUCACACCCAAAAAAGCCUAUGAAAGGUACCAUGGACAUCUCAUGGGGCCCCCUACUGACCCCGGGCCCUCUGGCAGUGCCCGAGUUCCCCAAUGGUCAGUCCGCCCCUGCCGCCCGCCA